UGUUGUUAUAAUUUAUCUGACUGUGACAAUGGAAACAUAUAUUUUGAUCGCUUUAUCGCUUGUAGCCGUUACUCAAGGCUCGCCGGUACCAAACGACACGAUCACGAAGAAUAAAGAUCAAGACCUCUCCGGCUUUUUCAUCCCCGCAGACUCGUGGAAUUCCUUCCAAAACCAACUACAACCAAAAACUAAUCAACCACCAAUAUCAACGCCAAGUUCAAACAACCAGGAACAGAAUGUUAUCAAAUUACCGAACCAGUCUUUAAACACAAACCCAUCUGACACGACAGUCAAUGUCCAAGUAAAUGGUAAGGACAAUAAUGCGCCUAAAACCAACAGCCCCCUAGUAUUAACUCCACAACCUAAUACGAACAACCAACCAAUAAUACUACAAUCUGGACAGGCAGUAAAUCAAGGUACGCAACAAGGACAAUUUGUAUUGAUUCCAAGUGACACUGUCCAGGGAAACCAGCCACAAUCUGGCAAACCGAUUAUCCUUGUGCAACAACCUUCACAAAAUAAUCCGACAGUGGUUCCGCAACAGCCGAGUCAACCGUUAUACUUACAGCCAGGACAAAGCUUCGUUCUACAGAAUGGCCAGGGCGAGAAACCUACUCAAGUCCUGGUUGCAGUUCCUUCUAACAACCAAGGAGGUUAUACCAACGGUCAGCCGAGUGCAAACCAGGGCACAGUUUACACAUUAGUCUUGAACGGUCAAAGUCCCAAUACUAACCAAAAUGGCAAUCUGUAUCCGAGUCAAAAUGGAAAUAUGUACUUAGUUCCUGUGCAGUCAGGAUCUUCUAGUCCGAUUAUUUUAAGACCUGCGAAGUAAUAGAAGAGGUGCUAGUCUACCGCCACUUAGAUGGCUUCUCGGGAAUUUGCGAGCCGAAAAAGCUACGUUUUCACAUACUAAAACUGAAUAUUAUGGUUUAACUACCUACCUAAUAUUCAGUAGUCCACAACAUUACUCCCAACAAUAACAUACGAAUUAUCUUUACAGCUACUCAAUUGUGGUUGAUUAUAAUAAACCAUCUUAACUAUUACCGUCGGAUCCAUAGCAGAAUAAAGUUUAUCUGACGGGCUUAUAGUUACAGAUGACAACUAGAUUGUAAACGGAAUUAUACACCUCUAUUGAAAUAAUGUAAAUAAUAGGUGUAUUCAUAAUAUGCAUACAAGUAAAUAAUUAUAUUGAUUAUAAUAUGUCGAAAAUUACCGAGAUGUUCUGUUUAUUUUGAUAGACUUUAUACUUAGCCCUCAAUUUAGUGCUAAAACAAUUGAAUGCUAUGACAAAAUGUUUAAAUUAUUGUUAACUAUUUAUAUUUUUUAAUAAACAUUGACAAUUUAAAUGAA